CUGAUCCGCGAGCUUGUUCGGGGUAUGCGUGCGCGUUUCGUUUUUUUACCGUCUCGCCAUACUUUUCGCCCCAAGUUUGGUUCGUAUUGAAGCAAGGGAACGUUCGUUGUGAGAAACGGUGGUGUUAGCGGUGAUCGUGAUCGGUUCGGUUAGAGCAAGCAAAUAUACAACCACAAAACAGAAAAUCCGCUGAAAAGUGCACCGUUUUGCAAUAGUGCCACGCGUGUUUCAAUUUGCAUGUGAAGUUAUGCAAAUGUAAAGAAAAAAUAGCUGUGAUCGGUUGGGCCAAUCGCUCGGAUUGGCCUCGUUCGUGUGCAUUACCGUGUGUUUCGUAUCUUUCGCCGAAGCUGGUGGUGAAAAUUGAUUGCCAAAAGUGUGCCCGUCGUGUUUGUAUAUUUAAUUUUAUGUAUGAAAAAAAAAUCAAAUCAUUUCACGCUGAAAAUGAGGCUAUAGUUACGUUGAAUAAGUGUGUGCGUGUGAGUGAAGUGCAGCAGCAAAAUUGAGUGAUUGCACGCGUUUGAUUGGCAGUUUUGUAGCGACGAAUUCAGUGCUAUAAUACAUUUUCAACCCCAAUCCGAAAAUCAACGUACACAUCACAAAACUCAACGGAGCGACCAAGCAGAAGACGGAGUACCGACACGCCUGCAUCGAUCCGCAGCUCCCGGAACAAGCGCCCAAACGAUCACGAUGAUGUUCAACUGCUAUCGAUAAGUGUCAUCCGCGUUCGGAUGUUCCUAUUCCCGGCCACGCGGAACACUAGCCAGUGCCGGCACGAAUAGCGACACGCAUCCAAUCGGAGACGGGCACCACAGAGCAACCACAGCAACAGCAAUGACGCACCAGCAGCGACGAGUUGCGCCGGUCGAGUGUCCGCUGGCAUCGCUCGGACGCAACACACCCUCGAUGGACACCCGCCAGUACCAUCAUCCGCUCAGCUCGAGCCCGCUCGACCCGCAGGCCUACCAGAUGUCCCGCAGCUCGCCGAUCCUAACGCUGGACUCCGAUCUGUACCCGUCCGAUUGCGGCAAGCCCGACCAAGGCCCGCCGGACGGCCUCGUGCCAGACGGUGGCGGCGGUGGCAGUGGAGGCGGCGCUAACGGCAACGGAUCGCUACUCUCCCGCAGCUCGUCCUCGUCGCUCGAUCAAACCGGUUCCUUUCUGCGGCAGGCACUGCCAUUACCCCUACACCCACCGCCCACCAACGGGCAUCACGGGCACCGGCGGGACUAUCGGCCGGUGCGGCCCCGCACCUACACCCCGAUCGACGCACUGCUUACCAACACCUACCAGCAGCACCACCAGCGCCUCUCGCCGGUGCUGCGCGGUCCACCGGGAGGCAGCGGCGGUGGUGGGGGUAGCGGAGGAGGCAGCGGCGGCUACCAUCACCCGGACGAGCCACAGUCCGCGCUGGGCGGACUGUCCGAAGCGGACCGGUACUUUCUCGAGGAGAAGAUGGACGCGCUCUACAUUCAAGGUGCCAUCCGGCGCAAUGCCAACGCGACCCCGUCCAGCCUGACGCGCAACCAGUCGAGCAGCAGCAACAACACCGAGCGGUACUACCUCGAGAACGAAAACAUUGACGCGAUCUACAACUUCUGCCGGCGCAACGGUGGCGGUGGCGGUGGUGGCGGCAUCGGACCACCGUCCGGUACGGUGGCGGCCCACAACGCACACAACGCCGCGUCCAAAGCGUCCUCCGCGGCACAGUCGCAGGUGGACUGUCUUGACUCGAGCUCGCCGCACCUGCUGCGCCGUGCCUCCAGCCCGGAAACGAGCGGCUCGGACCGGUACCUGCUCGAUCGGAUACGCGGCUCGCCGGCGUUCCAGAGCCCCCGGGGGACCCACCUCAAAGCGGUCGGGUCGGCAGAUUUCAUCGACGGACGAAUUCCACUCACCAAAUCGCAACACUACACCGACGGGCUGUCGCGCUAUGGACGCUUCUCGCCCAACCUGGACCAGGGCUACCACACGCUCGUGUCGCCGUCCCCGUCCGGCCAGCAGCAGUCGACGAUACCGGCCUCGUGGACCACGGGCGGCACUCACGGGUCGGGCGGUGGCACCAACUCCACCUCGUCCAGCCACGGCAGUCCGGCACAAACGAACACACCCGUCGGGGGGAACGGCAACGCGAACGGCAACGGACCGUGUGGGCGAUCCAUCGAUGGGGCCACCAUCCUGACCAGCCUGGGGAACGGGCACGGCACCAGCCUGUACCGGGCAGGGCCACUGUUCGAUCGAAUGCCGGACGAGCUGAUGGUGCGCAUCUUCGAAUGGCUGGACAGCAGCGAACUGUGCAAUAUUGCUCGCGUCUGCCGACGGUUCGAGUCCGUCAUCUGGAAUCCGGCGCUGUGGAAGAUCAUCAAGAUCAAGGGAGAGGAAAACAGUGGCGAUCGUGCCAUCAAAACCAUCCUCCGAAGGCUCUGCGGUCAAACGCGAAACGGUGCCUGUCCGGGGGUGGAGCGUGUGCUGCUGGCCGACGGCUGCCGACUGACGGACCGGGGGCUGCAGCUACUGUCUAGGCGCUGUCCGGAGAUCACACACCUGCAGAUCCAGAACAGCGUUACCAUCACGAAUCAGGCCCUGUCGGAUCUGGUGACCAAGUGUACAAACCUGCAACAUCUAGACAUUACAGGUUGUGCCCAAAUAACGUGCAUUAACAUCAAUCCGGGUCUCGAGCCGCCACGAAGGUUACUGCUGCAGUAUCUCGACCUCACCGACUGUGCAUCGAUCUGUGACGCUGGCAUCAAAGUGAUCGCGCGCAACUGCCCCCUGCUGGUCUAUCUGUACCUGCGGCGGUGCAUACAAGUAACAGAUGCCGGUCUUAAGUUUAUUCCAAAUUUCUGCAUCGCGCUGCGCGAGCUCAGCGUCUCGGACUGCACGAGCGUGACGGACUUUGGGCUGUACGAGCUGGCGAAGCUCGGUGCGACCCUGCGCUACCUCUCGGUGGCCAAGUGUGAUCAGGUCUCGGACGCGGGGCUGAAGGUGAUCGCCCGACGGUGCUACAAGCUGCGCUACCUGAACGCACGCGGCUGCGAAGCGGUCAGCGACGAUUCGAUCAACGUGCUGGCCCGCUCCUGUCCCCGGCUGCGGGCGCUCGACAUUGGCAAGUGUGACGUGAGCGAUGCGGGCCUGCGAGCACUCGCCGAAAGCUGCCCGAACCUGAAGAAGCUAAGCCUGCGCAACUGCGACAUGAUCACGGACCGGGGGAUCCAGUGCAUCGCCUACUACUGCCGCGGGCUGCAGCAGCUCAACAUCCAGGACUGUCAGAUCUCGAUCGAGGGCUACCGGGCGGUCAAGAAGUACUGCAAGCGGUGCAUCAUCGAGCACACCAAUCCUGGUUUCUGCUAGCACAUUGUGGGGGCCACGUUUUUAGUGCGACAAGUCGUUAGUUAAUUGUUUUUUAUUUGUUUUACUGCUGAUGUGAGUUGCGGGGAAGAAGAAAAGCAUUUUAACAAACCGUUAGAGCUAGUUAGGAAGUGAGAUAAGGGGGAAAAGAAACGAGUCCGUUUGCUUCACGUGCGCAUACCCGAACGUUACAUGUUUAUAGCUAAUCUGAUCCGUGUUGCCAAAAAAAAUAUUAACGGACGAAACCAGCAAUUACUGAGAUUGACCAUAGGCCACCAAUUCCCCUGGUGCAGACAGUCUGUCGUGGGGCUAUGUGAGCGAAUGAGUUCAGGUUUGCGGGUUUGCACAAGACGUUAGUUACACAAUUAGGCAAAGCUAUUUUUUGUAAUUGACACCUGGUACAGGAAGAAACAUCGCACAGGUGUGAUUGUGUGUUGCUGAGCUAGGCGUGUACUGUACAUGAUCGAAAUUCGGUUUAUUUUAUUGUUUUAUAUGGAAGAAAUUUAGCAAUCCGUUUAGAGCCUUUUUUUAUUUAUGUAAAAAUAAAUGAAUAUACGAUAUUUAUUAAAUAAAUUCAACCUGUGAAAAUAUUCUCGAUGGUA